AUGGAUGAGCAGAAUAACAUGACUGUAUUGGGAAGUUUGACUCCCACCCAUUUUCUACAAGAGCUUCCAGGUCUGGUGGCUUUAAAAGCAAUGAAGACCAUGAUGGUUUUGGCGAGGAUAGAAGAUGCUGAGAUGGUGAAGGGAACUCCAAAAGUGACUUGUUGCAGCAUACAGGGGAGUGUCCAUGUCUGCUGCUAUGACUGCGUCCCAUGUUCCGAGGGGGCGGUGUCCAAUGUAACAGAUAGUGACGGCUGUUUUCAAUGUCCUGAUGAAGAGUGGCCUGACGACAAAAAAAUGAAAUGUGUUUCCAAAACAUAUGAAUUUCUGUCCUAUGAAAAUGAUGUGACGGCUCUGAUAUUUUCAUUGAUAUCCUUAACAUUUUCUGCCAUGACACUAUUUGUAUUUGGAAACUUUAUUUAUCACCGCGACACUCCAGUUGUGAAGGCCAAUAACCGGACGGUGAGCUUCAUCCUCCUGACCUCCAUCUUGCUGAGCUUCCUCUGCGUCUUCUUCUUCCUCGGACGUCCUGUGGAUAUAACCUGCAUGCUGAGACAAGUGUCAUUCGGUAUCGUCUUCUCCAUCGCUGUGUCUUGUGUUCUGGCCAAGACCACCAUUGUCUGCAUUGCCUUCAAAGCCACCAAGCCCAGCAGUUCCUGGAAAAAAGUGGUCAAAGCCAAAGUAACUAACUCUAUGGUUGUGAUCUGUUCUUCUGUCCAAGUUGUGAUCUGUGUUGUUUGGCUGUCAGUGUCUCCUCCCUACCAAGAGUAUGACAUGGACUCCUAUCCUGGGAAGAUCCUCAUUCAGUGUAAUGAAGGGUCGGUUAUCGGCUUCUACUCUAUGUUGGGUUAUAUGGGGUUUCUGGCAGCUGUGAGUUUUCUUCUGGCUUUCAUGGUGAGGACAUUACCGGACAGUUUUAAUGAGGCCAAGUACAUCACCUUCAGCAUGCUGGUGUUCUGCAGUGUCUGGAUUGCCAUGAUCCCGGCCUAUCUGAGCACCAGAGGGAAAUACAUGGUGGCUGUGGAGAUAUUCGCCAUACUGACCUCCAGUGCUGGAAUAUUAUUGUGUAUAUUUUUCCCAAAAUGUUAUAUUAUUAUUUUUAAACCGGAGCUGAACAACAGGAGAAAAAUAGGUCGCAGAAAAUAAAUAUGAAAA